UGCUAUUCUUUAAAAAUGAAAAUGCAUCUUAUUUAUUUGUGGGCUGUAAGGUCUCAUCAAAUACAUUGCUCUGCAUUCUUCUCAUCUUGCAUUAUCAGAAAUUAUUACACAUUCAUCACAGCCUUUAUAAUUUAGAAAACCUUUACAUGAAAAUAAUUAUUCUCUUCUCCUUUUUUCAGUGUUGAUUUCCAUCUGAUUGUUCAGCUAUACACCCCAAAGGCUCUUUUAAGAGCCACAUCACGAGAGAAUCUUUGACUUUUGGCUCCUACAUACAACCCAAAGGCUCUUUUCAGAGCCACAUCGCCCAGCGUCCUUGGCUUUAUUUUUACCCUCCACUGCUGCCUCCACAGAGUUUCUUCCCCCGUCAUAUAUUAUUUUAAGGUACGUAAUUUUCACUUUGAGUAAUAUUUGUUAUUAUUUUUGAUAUAUAGUGAUCUUGGUCACAUGAUGUUUUAUUAGCUUGAGGUUAGUAUGUGGACAUAUUCACAUUUAUAGUUAAGAACCCAAGAAUCAAUUAACCCUCCAGCUAAGCUAAAUAACAUUAAAGAGUUUACAUUAUCGUGACAGGUUUCAUGAUUCCAUUAGAUUACAAUAAUCAUGUCAACUAGGACUAGUUUGCAAAAGUAGGUUAUGGACAUUACUCAAUUUUGUACUUUGUCAACCUCUCCCCAAACUGAGCUCUACGAUCUGGCCAAGUUUCAAGUCUCUAGGCCUUUUUAUGGCAGAAAAAAAAAAUCCUAAAAAUAACAAGAGGGUUCCAGCACUUUAACCCCUAAAUAUACCAGUAUAUCUUUACAGUUUUCUUUGUAUAGAUAGAUAGAUAGAUAGAUAAAGCUGAAACAAAGACUUUAGAUAUGCAAAUAUGGUUUCCAUUGGGAACACAAUUUUAUUAUUUUGUAAUUUUAGACAUUACACAAUGAGUGAGGAAAAGAAAGAGAAAGAAAGGCAAUAUCUGAGAUCCUGGAGAGCUGCCAAACGUGUUUUAAAAAGAAUAGGAAAAAAAAACACAGAAGUAAAUGAUCCAGAACAAGUCCCAGGGUGUCAGACAGACUCUGAUGAUGCAUUAAGUUCUAUGGAGGACCACCUGUCCACUGAAGCAUUGAGUACAUUGGAAGAAAGCGACUGGGAUGAUGACUUUGUGGAAGAUAUGGACCUUGAUGAAAAUGACAUGACUGACCAGGAAGACAUGACUGACCAUGACAACAAAUCAUCACUGGGAACAGAUCUAGCAACCUGGGCAUCCCAAUUCCAAGUCAAAAACAAUGCUGUUGAUCAUUUAUUAAAGGUCCUUCAGAAACACGGCCAUACAGACCUUCCAUCCACUGCCCGUACAUUGCUGAAAACACCAAGGCAUGUGACAACCAUACAAAAAUCUGGAAUGGAAUAUUUCCAUUACCCCCUCCAUCAAAAGCUACUGGAACACCUAGAGAAGUACUCUGUAGAAGAGCUGCAAAACCAUGACAACAUCAAUUUGUCUUUUAAUGUUGACGGUCUACCGUUAUUCAAGAGCUCAGGGAAAGUUAUGUGGCCUGUCCUCUGUGCCAUCCACCUGAAUCCCAUUGUUGUUUUUCCCACAACUUUAACUUGUGGAAACCACCGGCCAAAGGAUCUGCGUUUUUUAGAAGAUUUUGUAGCAGACCUCGAAGACCUACUGUCUAGCGGCAUUCAAUGCAAAGGUAAAAAACAUUGCAUAAAUGUUCUCUGCAUUGUCUGCGAUGCUCCAGCAAAAGCUUUUGUCCGGGGCACAAAGCUAUGCUCAGGAUAUUACGGCUGCGAUAACUGUGACCAAAAGGGUGAAUGGUUCAACAGAGUGACUUUUCAGGACACCGAAAACCUCACUCUAAGAACAGAUGCAUCAUUCAGAAGCCAGGUUCAGCCCGAACAUCACAAAGACAGCACACCACUGGUCCAGCUUUCCUUGGAUAUGGUCAAGUGCUUCCCAAUUGAUUAUAUGCAUCAAUCAUGCCUGGGGGUGAUGAAGAAGCUGCUGCUUAGUUGGACCAGUGGAGCGAGAGGUGUGAGGCUCUCCAGUACUCAAAAACUAGAAGUAAGCAAUAGGCUUCUUCAACUCAGAAAUGAAAUACCAUCCAUCUUCUCUCGCACACCUCGAAGCCUGGUUGAGCUGGAGAGGUGGAAGGCUACAGAAUUUCGACAAUUCAUGCUGUACACAGGCAAGCUGGUGCUGAAAGGAAUCCUUGAGGAUGACCUCUAUCGACAUUUUCUGGCUUUCAGUGUGGCCAUGUGCUUACUAGUGUCACCAACACUAGUAAAGAGGCAUGCGGAGUAUGCAAGAAACCUGCUGCACUACUUUGUCUGUAGAGGACGAGAGCUUUAUGGUGAGGAGUUUAUAGUUUACAACAUCCACUCUAUGCUCCACAUCACUGAUGACGCGGUGCAAUUUAAUGGGCUUGACAGCUGCAGCGCAUUCAAAUUUGAAUCAUACCUGCAUACCAUGAAGAGGAUGGUAAGAAGUGGAAAACACCCUUUGAGACAGGUCGCCAAGAGGAUAGAGGAAAGGCAGCUAUCUCCUCUUGAAAAACACAGAGAGAAAAAAACUUCAAGUGCUAAGGACAAAGCCUUCUUGAUCAAUGAAAAUGGUUGUGAGAUCACAGAUGAAAUGGAAAAAGAUGGAAAAGUCCUUUGCAGGGUUUAUCAUAAUCCUCUACCAAUGUUCAUCGAGCCAUGCCACUCUUUUCUUGUGGGAGUAUACAAUUACAACAAAAAGCAGACAUCAAUGAGAUGGAUCCCUAGAGAACAAGUGGAGAAGAGAGCAAUCAGAAUCAAUCAUGGAGACACAGUAACGUUCAUGGCCAUCUUGCAUCAACAGUGAAUUUCAGACAUU